CUGACAACAGGACCCUGUGGGUGGUGUUCGCCGCAAGUGCGUGCUUGCGGACACUCGCGGUCCCCGUCUAUGCAAAAAGUCGGUAUGUCGGCUCCUCCGUGGCCUCGGAACCGGAAGCUCGCUUGCAUCCCUGGACCUGGCUUCCCUCCUGCCGUCUCUUUCUCCUGCUUCGUCGUCGUCGUCGUUCCGUCCCGUCCGACCGGUGCGCCUCGGGAGGCGCUACCAGCAGCAUACGCGUGCAAUGUCGGUCAUGAGCGAAGCCGACGCGUACGCGACUGCGGUCGUCAAUCGCGUUUGCGUCGCGUCGCUCGCGUUCCUGGCGUACGACAUCCUCCUCACUUUCCCCGACGAAGUCGCGCAUAUAUGGACCAAACCGCGUUUCUCGUUCACGAAAUGGGUCUUCCUGGUGCUACGGUAUUACACCCUGGCCAUCGUUGCCGCAAUGACCUUGGUUUCCGCCGGGCGGGGAUCAGUGACGCGCCUUCACCACCCGCCGUAUUGCUCCCCAUGGUACUCGUACCAGGCUGGCUCGCUGCAAGUCGUCAUUGCCCUGAUGGAAACUAUUAUGAUGUUACGAGUAUACGCAUUGUAUAAUCGCAGCAGACUCGUCGCGGUGCUGCUCGUUACCCUGUUCAUCGUCGAAGAACUGGCGAUGGCCGCCUCACUAGCGUUGUUCCUGCCCAAGCUACAGUUUAACGAAUUUUGCAUCGCGGAGACCAUUCCGAGCGUCGCGGUUCUCAUUGGGGUCGCGCCCAUUGGAUUCGAGCUUUUCAUGCUCUGUCUUACAUGGGCCAAGGUCAUCAGAAUGUCGCGUCUCCUCAGACACGAAAGGAUGCUUUUCCUACUUAUCCGCGACGGAACAUGGACAUUUCUCGUUGUAUUCCUCACAUUCGCAUUGAACGGGCUAUUCUAUCUGAUCAUCGCUGGCCCGCGAGGAAGCAUGAUGUGGAGCUGGCAGUUCACCAUCUGCGCGUUUGCGGGCUGUCGGCUUGUGCUGCAUAUGCACACCGCCUCACCCACCGCGUCAGGCGUCAACCGCCUGCCCAGCACCUUGCUCUCUGCCCGCCGCAGGUUCGGUUCCACGUCUGAAGCCUUAUCGUGGGGAGCAGCGCACGGCGAUGACGAUCUCCAUAACGGAUACGUCCUGACGACCUACCUCGGCGAGACGCCCAGUAUCCCGGCUGACCCUGUGACGGAGACGACGGACCGGAUCGAUAUCUCCGGCGGACGGUUACACCCCCAUUCUGCAGGAGGACCGUGACCUUGGCCACGAUGGACUCAGCACACAACGACAAUCCCUCAUGAGGCUACGGGAUCGUGCAUAAGGUCACACCGAAUUCGU